AUGUCUCCUGUUGAUACCAACACCGGCCAUGCCGAGGACACUGUUCUCUUUUCUAACAAGAACGCCAGCAGAAUUGUCUCUUUAAACAGACCCCGCAAGUUGAACUCGUUGAACACGGAAAUGAUGGAGUUGAUGGCCCCACGGUUAAAGGAGUACUCCAAGCUGAGUUCCAACAACAUCGUCAUCUUGACUUCCAACUCACCAAAGGGUCUCUGUGCUGGUGGAGAUGUCGCUGAAUGUGCCUCACAGAUCCUCAAAGGCAAUGCUGAAUAUGCCAGUGACUUUUUCCAGAAGGAAUACAAUUUGAAUUACGUGAUCUCUACCUACCCCAAACCAUUUGUCUCAUUGAUGGAUGGUAUCACUAUGGGAGGUGGUGUCGGCCUUUCCGUUCAUGCUCCCUUUAGAAUUGCUACGGAAAAGACCAAGUUGGCCAUGCCCGAAAUGGAUAUCGGCUUCUUUCCUGAUGUCGGCACAACAUUCUUCCUCCCCAAGUUGGACGAUAAGCUCGGCUACUACUACGCCUUGACCGGCAAGAUAUUGUCUGGCUACGAAGCCUACUUCUCCGGAUUCGCUACCCAUUUCGUCCAUUCUGAUAAGCUUCCACAUUUGGUGAACAGAUUGUCGAACUUGCAGCCUCCGAUCAUCAACGACAACAAGACGGCCUCUGCUGACGUCAUCACCAACACCUCUGAGUAUUUUGCCCAAGUCAAUCAGGCAAUCGAGGAGUUCACGGAAAAUAAGCCCCCCAAGGAUUAUGUGUUCCCUUAUACUGCGAAGGAAUUGAAGGUGAUCAACGAAGCUUUCUCGCAGAAGAGCUUUGAAGAUGUCAUUUCAUACUUCAAACAGGAAGGCUCUCAAUUCUCCAAGGAUACUCUCCAUAUCUUCAGCCAGAAGCCAUAUUCUUCGCUCAAGAUCGCGUUUGAGUUGUUGAACCACGGUUCAGAAAACUCAAUCAAAAAGCAGUUCGAGUUGGAAUUGAUCUCGGCUACCAAUAUCAUGAACAUUGAGCCCAAGGAAAACGAUUUUGUCAAAGGAGUGUCCCAUAAGUUGAUUGAAAAGAUCAAGAACCCUAGCCAUCCACACUGGAACGAAGUUUCUACUAUUACGGAUGAGUACGUGCAGAAGAUAUUGUCUCCUUCUCCCAAGACUGCCGCCUUGAAGCAACCAUUGAUCGAUACCCAUUUUGGCAUCGACUACAAGAACUACCCUUUCCACAACGGUUUGCCCAACAACCAGCAGGUAGCUGACUAUAUCACCGGUAACGAUGGCAGCAACAGGGCUUACUUGCCAACACCUACUGAAGUCGUCAAGCACUUUGUCAAGCAAACAAACAACAAAGUUGGUGUAGAAGAAAAAGUGGAGUUGAUCUUGAGUGUCCAUGGCUCUAGCUCUACCUACGACAACAAAUACGUUUCGUGGAAACAGUAA